AUGCUGGACGGGAACGACUCUGUGCUGCUGCACCGUGCUCAAAAUGCAGCCCUACUAGUAUUGUCAAUAGCCUUGCUACCUUUUGACACAUUUAUUCUUUUGAUCUCGUACGGACUGAAGUACACGGUCUACAAUGCUGGGGAGGAAAGGCGACAGCGGGCACUUCAGAAGCCUGGGUUCAAGCCAUACCGCGUGCUAGUGACGGGUGUGGGAAUGACUAAGGGACUGUGUCUGGCGAGGCAGUUCUACGAGGCAGGCCACUGGGUGAUGGGGGCCGAUUUCGAACCCUACCAGGAGAUACUGGUGUGCGGCAGAAUGUCAGCGUCGCUACACAGAUUUGUGCCACUGUGUAGACCGGACGCAAAAAAUGGACCUGCACCUUACAUCCAAAGUGUGCUUGAUGUGAUCGGUGAGAAUAAGGUGGAUCUCUGGAUCAGUUGUUCGGGCGUCGCUUCAGCAGUGGAGGAUGGUAUGGCCAUGGAGGUGGUGCAAGCCAGAACACCGUGCAAGGCUAUUCAGUUCGACGCUGCGACGACGCGGACCUUGCAUGAGAAGCACAGCUUCAUCAGGUACACCGAGGCCUUGGGUCUGGUCACGCCUGAGACUCAUGAGGUCACGAGUGGAGCGGACGUGGAAGCAUUUCUAAGGAAAGCUCCUACGAGUCGCAAGUAUAUCAUGAAGACAAUUGGGGUAGAUGAUGCCAUGCGGGCAGACUUGACACUUUUACCGCGAGAUACAGUCGAGGACACGGCGAGACAUAUUGCAAGGUUGAGGAUCUCAAAGGCCAAGCCUUGGAUCUUACAACAAUUCGUCAAUGGCUGUGAAUAUUGUACCCACUCGUUGGUGGUGGGCGGGAAGGUGCGUGCAUUUGUCGCGUGUCAGUCGGCGGAGCUGUUGAUGCAUUACGAGGCAUUGCCCCCGACCUCGCCCCUUAGUCAGGCAAUGUUGGACUUCACUGAGAAGUUUGCCGCCAGUGGUGGCAAAGCAUUCACGGGCCAUCUCUCAUUUGAUUUUUUGGUGGAGAAUCCGACAGGAUCGACACCAGCAGACAUCACCCUGUACCCGGUCGAGUGCAAUCCACGAGCCCACACCGCUGUGGCAUUAUUCAACGGCACGCAUGCGAUGGUAGAUGCAUAUCUCUCAGUCUUAGAUGCAAGUUGUGAGCCCCAGCCAAAGAUUGUGGUCCCCGUCCGUUCGGACAGGUACUAUUGGAUCGGACACGACGUGGUCACAUUUGUGAUUCUACCGACCUUGUCAGCCUUGACACUCUCUAUGACCUUGUCAGAGCUUACCAACUGCUACAAAGUACUUUUCACACACCUUGCCUUCUGGAAGGACGGGACAUAUGAAGCGUGGGACCCGCUCCCGUGGUGGUGGCUGUACCAUGGCUACUGGACCAUGCAAUUCUGGAAUUGUAUGAUCAAGGGGACAAUGUGGAGCCGGUUGAAUGUCAGCACAACCAAAAUGUUUGAGUGUUGA